CUCCCUACAGCCUAUGUUAUCCUCACUAAUUACCCAACGUAACUAGCGCAUUGGAGAAGUGCUUGAACAGACGGAUUCAGAGGAGCUUUCACAGUCGCUCCAUUCGCCCCCAUCCCGAAGUCCACGCUGCAUUUGAAGGCCGUUAUACUGGCAGCGCUCCGCUUCAGGGCUAGGCAUAUAUCACACCUUAGCGGGGGCACGCCUACAACAUCUCUUGGAGCGAGGGUUCCAUUUUCGCCAAGUAUCACUCAGCGCAGCUCUCAAUACACCCGAGCCCACCGGCAAUACUCCUCCUCGGCCCUCUCUCUUUCAGCUUCCACAAUGGACUUGGAGGGAUUCCACUUCGACACUAUGGGUACCACUGAGGAGCAAGAACGGUACUGUUCCGGAGGGUUUCACCCCAUUGCCAUUGGAGUCAUGCUCGACCCGGAGGCAGGACUGGCGCCCCCGGAGAGACGGUACCGGAUCCUGCACAAGCUCGGAUUCGGCUCCUAUGCGACUGUCUGGCUCGCGCGAGAUGUCCGCGCUAGCACAUUCGUGGCGGUCAAGGUCACUACGGCGGACUCGGGAGCCGCCGAAGGGCGAGAGGCGAAGAUGUUGGAGAAGUUCGCCGGAGCACAAGGGGAUACGAUUCCGACGCACGUCCUUCAGCUUCACGACCAUUUCACCAUCACUGGACCAAACGGCGUACAUCACGUUCUGGUUACGGACGUCGUACUGCCCGUGCUCUCGGUAGGUAUACGCAGCAUGCCUCCGGACUGGCGCAAGGCAGCAGCGCGCGGGCUGGUGCUCGGUGUUGCACAGAUGCACCGGCAUGGUGUCAAGCACGGAGACUUACACCUAGGCAACCUUGGGUGUGCUAUGCCUGAGCUUGUCAACCAGGAAGAAGACGACGUGGUACAGGACCUGAGCCCAUACGAGAUGACUGUCGUAUUACCGCGCGACCCCAGGGCGCAGACUGCGUCCCUUCCUCCCUACGUUGUGAUGCCGUGCAAUCUGGCCACAUACUGGGCACGCAUACGCUCGUCGGGCAGCCCCCCGGACGUUAAGAUCCUAGAUUUUGGAAACGCGCGCGAGAUGCAUGAGCGGGCGGGCGAGCUGCAGUGCGCCGUGGAGGCAUGUGCUCCGGAAAUAGCGUUUGCCCGUGUUGCGCUCAAGGAGGUAAGCCCAGAAUGGGGUGCUCCUAGCGACGUUUGGGCUGUCAGUUCUACGAUAUACGAGAUCGUAGCAGGCUCGUCGCUGUUCUAUGGGAUGGGCAUCGCGGACGGUUUGCUGAAUACCAUGGUCAAGCUCACUGGUGCGGUGCCGCCGGCGUGGCAGUCGUACUGGCAGUCGCGCCCAUAUCUCCAGGGAACAGAAGUCUCCUCAUAUGCUGUUGCAGAAGAGUGGGAACGCAGGCGUGCAAGCCUGCGAGCAGGAUGCGCGGACGAAGCGGAUGCGGAACUGCUCGUGCAGCUGCUGCGGAGGAUGCUGGUUCUGGACCCGGAGGAGAGGCCGACCAUCAAUGAGGUGCUGGAGGAUCCGUGGUUCCAAGACGCGAAGUGACACCGAAGUUCGUUUAUAACGUUUGACGUGAGAUGCCGAUGUCAUUAGUACCAUUGUUUGACGAAUUGUACCA